AAGCAAGUUGUGAAUUGGUACUAAAUUAUUAAUUCUGACAUUAACCUCUGUACACUGUGCUACGUUUAUUUAGCUACACUAUGUACUAUUUUUAGUCAGGAGCUGAUAUAUAUGUAUAUAGCUGAUAAAUACCAUAGAAACGCUUAUUUUAUUUAUAUUAAAUUUGUUGAGCGUGUGUAACAAAUAUCUGGCAACUAACUUGGCAACGUAUUAAAUAACUGUGUGGGAGACAGAAAAAUAAAACAUUUUUGGCGAAUGCAAAAGUUUUGCAAAGAUGAAAAGAGUUAAAAAGGAAAUCUACCGAAAAUAUGAAGAUUUUUACGAUGCGAAAGAUUUACGUGAUCCAGACACUUUUCCACACAUAAACUUAACUAUUAACGAUUUUGAUGCGCGUGGCGGUGUGGUCAAUCCCCGUGCACCUUGUCUUGUAACUACUAUCGAUCCAAGCUACGUGAAGGACGCACGUACGCAACGUUUGGCUAGGAAAUUUCGCAUGAAAACCGAUAUAUUAUUGUUACGUGAAAUAACACGUAAAAAAUUUAUGAUCUACUCCACACAACAAAUGUAUUUGGACAAAGAACGCGAGAAAAAACAACAAGAUGACGAAUAUGAGGGACUGCUGGAAUUUUAUAAAUCCACAGAAAAUUCAUUGGAGACAAUCGAAGCAAACGCUUUUAAGGAUAUGACAGCUUCGCUUGAGAAAUAUAAGGAAUUACAAAAAUCCACUUUAGCAGAUGAGCUAAAAGUGGUGAUGGAGGAACACAGGCGCGCUUUAGUCGAGGCGCAUGAAGUUUAUCAACGAUUUUUAUAUCUACUUAAACUAAUUGGUUACUUUGAUGAAAUCGAUGAUGAAGCGGUUGGUGCUGAAGGUGACAGACUAAUUUUACCUAAGGAGAUAGCUGAAUUGAAACCACAAAACGAAAGCGACACCGGCAUGCAGCAAAUUGAAGUUGUUAAAAAAUUUAUGGCUGCGGUUGUGCGCCCAUAUUUAGCUAAAAGGAAUCAUUUGAAUGCGGAUGUUUGGUUGAGAGGGUUUGAGCUGACCCGAAGCAAACUUACAAAUUAUUAUAAACGCUAUACAAAUUUGGCGCUUUUAAAUCACAUUGUUGCAUUGGUAUAUGAAAAAUUCCAAAAGACACAAGCACGUUGCAAAAUUCCGCCAAUGCUUAAAGACCCUCACUUUAUGGCGGAACGUGUUGCAGCCUUAAAAUUGCAGGCAGAGAAGACUUUGGUAAAAUACGAGCACAAACAAAGCCGGGACAAAUUGUCUUUGAAACUCAACGCCAUAGUACCAAUAAUUUUGAAGACCUUACAACGAAGUGCAAUGAAAACUACGGAACCAGAGAAGGCACAAGCGUACUUGAAUGACAGAGAGAACGCCGUGGAAGGUGGUAAUCAAAGUAUAAAAUCUUUACAAUCGCGAACAGAAUCGGCUUUAAGUUCCUGUCGUGAUGAACCAGAUACGACGUUAGCUAAAAUUGAGCUAAUCCAAGCGCAUCUCUUGUGGUUACUGAACGAAUUGGAUGACAUGCCACCAGAACUUUGCAAAGAAGUUGAGAAACGUGUGCGUCGACGCUUUAAAUUGGCGAAGGAGAAGUCACGUCGAGCUUUGGUAGAGCAAACGCGCUUGCAGAAUUGGUUGGCACAUUUUAAAAAACAUGAAUUACAACGUCAAAGAGACACAACUAUUUGUGUGCGCCGAAAAACAGCACACGAAUUGAAGUAAUUAAUAAAC